CCCUUACCUUGCGGCGGGUCGUGCAUGCCCCAUAGAACUUUGAACGUUCCCUGUUACUUUACCUGUUUUUAGUGUUCGAUUGUUCGGGCGACAGCUUUCACGACUUACGACUUACGAAGCUACGUACAGCUAACUGAGCAGCUCCACCGAUCACCCUUUCUCGCUCAGCCUCAACCGCCGAAUACUGCGCGAUUCUCUAUACUGCCCACCAUGUCGGGUGUAGAAGACGUGGAAGACAAGCGGAGGGCAUACAAGGCACCCCAUAACGCGCACAAUCCCAUACCCACGGUCAAGAAAUAUCGCGAAGAGAAGGAGCGAAGACAGGAGGCAUAUGGCAACGAUGAUGGUGCAGCGAACGAAGACGAGCGAACGGCCCGUGACAAGCUCGGCGAUGCGUACAAUGCCUUCACUGGAAAAGGCCACGACGAGAUACAUGAUGGAGAGCUUCCUUAUGAAGCCCAGAACAAAAACCUCGUAGAGGCACAAGACCUGGAAGAGGCCGACGACCAUUCUGGAGAAACUGCGAAUCGCACGAAUAAGCAAUUGCCACAAGACACAGACGAUGAUGAAGAUGUUCAGGAUACGACAGAAGGUCACUUGCACGAGUCGGAUCCCAAAAAGGCGCGCAAGAAGAUGAAGAAGUUUGACGCAGACGGCACCGAGCGCGAGGUGACAGACCCAAUAACACAUCUGCCCGUCAAGAUACACGACUUUACCGACAAGGACCUCAAGAGAACCCCAAAGAAUGCCCCACCGGCUGGCUCAGAGCCUAGGACGAUGACUGCUAUGGACGCCAUUGACAAGAGCGACGAGCAUCUGAAGGAAGAAGAGGAGGAAUCGAAGGACUCGCACACUGCCAUGCAGGCUCUCUUCCCUCCUCCUGACUUCGAUGCGACCAGGGGCGAAAUCACAGCUGUCUACUCAAGAUCAUUGUCAAUAGCUCUCGGGGCAGUAGUCGUGAGCCUCGUCGUAGUCGAUGCCAUGUUCUGGCCCACCCGAAGGAUGGGAGGCUGGAGAGGUCAGAUGUGGAAGGCUAUACAGACUGUGAUAAUGCUUGCUGUUGCUGCGGCUGUAGCAGCAUUUAUGCGGCAAUACACGAACAACCGCAUCAAGAACGUGUGGGACGUAGAAGUCUGGCAAGCAGAAAGGAAGCGAGGCCAGAAGCUUGCAAAGUCCCAGACGGCUGAGAGUACUCAAUGGCUGAACUCGUUGUUCUCCUCGGUCUGGCCAUUGAUCAAUCCAGACUUGUUCACUAGCAUCUCAGACACACUUGAGGACGUCAUGCAAGCUUCAUUGCCCAGCAUGGUUCGCAUGGUUGCUGUCGAGGACAUUGGCCAAGGAAGUGAAGCUCUUCGCAUUCUUGGUAUCCGGUGGCUGCCAACUGGCGCAGCUGCACGAUCCGUGAGCUCUGAUGGAAAACUCAAGUCUUCGAAAGAAGAGAAGGACGACCGGACAGUGCAAGAUGAUGGCGAAGGCCAGGAACAAUUGAAGCGACAAGACACGAUGGAGGCCGAGGAAGGUGACUUUGUGAACAUUGAGGUUGCGUUCGCCUACCGACCGUCGACUGGACGCGGCAUCAAGUCCCGAGCCAAACACGCUCAUUUGUACCUUGCUUUCUACCUGCCUGGCAAGGUCAAGCUACCUGUGUGGGUCGAGCUGACAGGCAUGGUUGGGGUAAUGCGACUUCGCCUACAGUUGUGCCCAGAUCCCCCUUUCUUCUCCAUCUGUACCAUGUCGUUCCUCGGACAGCCCAAAGUCUCUCUCUCGUGCGUCCCGCUCAUCAAGAAGGGACCCAAUCUCAUGGACGUACCGCUUAUCAGCAGCUUCGUACAGUCCUCGAUGGAUGCAGCCUUAGCUGAGUAUGUCGCUCCCAAGUCACUGACACUAGACUUGAAGGACAUGAUGAUGGGCGACGACUUCAAGAAGGACACCAUCACACAAGGUGUCCUCAUUGUUCGUAUUAAGCAUGCCUACGACUUUAAAGAGGGCGACGGCGGACUUGGCCCGCUUAAGAAGGGUUCGGCGGAUCCAUACAUCACUGUUGGUUGGGCAAAGUUUGGAAAGCCUGUUUGGUCAACACGCGUGUUGCUUGACAACAUGGAGCCAUACUGGGAAGAGACAGGCUUUGUCAGCGUCACUUCACAAGAGCUCAAUGUCGACGAGAGAUUGCGACUCCAACUCUGGGACUCUGAUCGUACGACUGCCGACGAUGACCUAGGUCGCAUCGAGCUAGAUCUGAAGGACCUUAUGAAGAGCGAAGAGACGAAUGGAAAGAUGCACGAUCGUGAAGACGGUUUCAAGGCUAUGAAAGCCGGCGAAGGGAUGCCCGGCAAACUCAGCUGGAGCAUCGGCUACUUCUCCAAGACGCGCAUCACAGACGAACAAUUGACUGCCCAAGAGGAGGAUCCCGAUGUCAAGACCAUGGAUCAACUCAGGCAGAAAGUAAAUGCAGAAGCGGAGAAUAAGCUUCGCGAGGCCAGUGCAGACCACCAGCAUGAAGUCGAGCAGCAAAAGGCCGAAGAUUUCCACGCCAGACAGGACGAGCUCAUCAUCGCUUCGCCACCGUCAGAAGACUACCCGUCCGGUAUUCUCAGCAUCCAGGUCCACCAGAUCACUGGACUGUCACUCGAAGUGCUCAACAAGGACAGGGAUUCAAACAACGCGGAAGCUAGCGAUGCGGAAGAGGAAAGCGACGAUCUUCCGUCCGCAUACUGCACGAUCAUACUCAACCACAAGAAGGUUUUUAGGACGCGGACCAAGCCAAAGAACAGCAAACCUUUCUUCAAUGCAGGCUGUGAGCGUUUCGUCCGCGAUGUACAUAACACUGAAGUCCACAUCUCUGUUCGCGAUGCGCGCGUGCAUGAGGACGACCCUCUUCUCGGCAUUAUCUACCUCCCGCUUGCAAAGGUAUUCCACAGCCGGAGUCAGGUCAACUCAACCUUCCCGCUAUCUGGUGGCGUUGGUUACGGCCGUGCACGUGUCUCUAUGGUAUUCCGCAGCCUGCAAUGUCAGCUACCCAAGGAAAUGCUCGGAUGGGACUACGGCACCGUCGAUAUUCGACCCACUAUCAAGGCCAUCAAUAUGCCUGAAGAUUUGAAGAAGAUGCGCAUGAAGAUAAGGACUCGCACAUCGCGUGGAAAAUUUCAAUCCAAUGGCCCUGACGAAUGGCAAACCAAGAACAACAAGCCUAUCCGCCUACCCAUCCGCAUGCGCUAUGCCGCUCCCCUGAUCGUGGAGUUUCGUCAAGACGCCACACUGCGCGACCAUACUCCGGCCUUCGGUAUCCUGUGGCUCAAAGACGUUCCCGACAACGAACAACAGACUAUCAAACUUCCAAUCUGGAAAGGCGACCUCAAGCGCGCAGAAGAUAACAUCCUCUCCUCGUACGGAGACAAGGUCGGCGAGAUCGAGAUGACUCUAACAUUCUGGUCCGGCCUGAGCGGCUACCACGAGAAGUUUGCCAAGGGCGACAAACACAUGGGCCAAGUCAUGGAAGUCCUCGACGUUGCGAACGACCAAGAAUGGAGCGAUUGGGACUCCGACAACGACGGCCCGCAUGACACCUCCAAGCCUCCCCAACCUGAUGACGAAUCUGAGUCGGACAGCGAUUCAGACUUCAUCCCGGACUUCUUGCAGAAGGACAAGAAGAAGGAUAGUCGCUUGAAGGAGAAUGGAAAGAGGGGCGUGAUGGAUCAAGUCGAGGAGUACAAAGAUAGCGCAAAGCAGUUGCAUAGGAGGAAUAGAGGCAUGAUGCAGUGGAAGGGUCCGAGGACGUUAGCGUGGAUGAAGCACGUGGGUGAUCGGGGAAAACACAAGGUUGAAGGGCUGUUCAAGCAUCACGAGAGGAGCGGAUCGGGGAUCGAGACAGAGGCAUAG